UUUAUGAAGUUAUAGUGUUUUAAUCUUGUGAAAAACUUCACCAGGGUAGCACAGAGAGGUAACAUGCAAAAUGUUGUUCUCAAUUUCAUCUCUGAUCUUCCUCGUUUACUGUACUUACUUCAGCCAAGAAAGAGAGAUGAGGCUACAGCAUGGAGUAAUUGAGCAUGAGUUAAAGACCUCCGAUGAUAAAAACAACUUAAGGACCAAGAGAGCAGCUUGCAAAGAUUUGAUCAACUAUUGUCACGUCUACAAGCCUUACUGUAAACACGAAGACUAUUCAGACUUCGUGAAAGUCAAUUGUAAGAAGACCUGUGACCUCUGUCCGAAAGCAUGCUUCGACCGUGUCUCCUACUGCCACGUAAUCAAGAAUCGAUGUAACGACCCUGUUAUUGGAAGCUCAGUGAGGCGCUUCUGUGCAAGAACCUGUGUGGUGUGCAUAGUCACACCACCAACUAUACCACCGACAACAAUUCCUCGUACAGAGCAGCCUAUUGACCAGGGAAGCGUGGAAUGUGGCAGGAAAGCGGUCGGUAGCAGAAUUGUGGGCGGCACAAACGCUAGGCCUGGGGCUUGGCCAUGGCAGGUGACGAUGGACUACAAGGGACAUCCUGGCCCUCACUGGUGUGGUGGCUCAAUAGUGACCCCGCAUUGGAUAGUUACCGCUGCUCAUUGCUUUGGUAAUGGCGAUGACCCCAAGAAGUACAGCAUUGUUGCAGGUGAACAUGACCUUAACGCAGUGGACGGAUUUGAACAAAAUACGACAAUUGAGGAGAUCAUCACACAUCCCAAAUAUAACAGGAUUGCAAAUCAUGACUACGAUGUGGCACUGGUCAAACUGAAGAACCCCAUUAAGUACAACAAUCACGUGAGGCCUGUGUGCCUAGCUAAAUCGGACUUCGAUGCUGGAACGAAUUGUUAUGUAACUGGGUGGGGCUACACCUCUGAGGAUGGAAAUAUUGCGCAGAUUUUGCAGCAAGCGAAAGUUCCUCUCGUGUCUCGUGAAACCUGUCAAGAAGGGUACGACGACUUGGGAUACAAAAUAUCAACUCGCAUGCGUUGUGCAGGCUACAGUGAGGGAAAAAUUGACGCAUGCCAAGGAGAUAGUGGAGGGCCGCUAGUCUGCGUGAGGAACGACAAGUGGUAUCUUAUGGGUGUCAUCAGCUGGGGACAGGGAUGCGCGCGCAAAGGAAGAUAUGGGGUGUACGCUGAUAUGAUGGAUCUCAAGUUCUGGGUGCAACAGACCAUCAACAAAGUAUAAUCAUUAAAAAUCGAUUAGAAAUGUGAACAGGAAAUAUUGUUCUCCUUUGUUUUUUAUUAAC